AUGAACAGAGACUGGGCGAAUGAACAAGGCGCUCAAACGAGCAAAACCCCGACAUGCUUGCUACUCAAAACAGAUCUGUCAUUUGACUCAUUUGGUUAUGACGCGAUGGAAAAAUACAGCAAUCUUCAAGAUGAAAGAGAAGAGAAAGAUUAUCUCUUUUUCAAACAUUUUAAAAUGACUCUUCACAAUGAGGAGGUAAGAAUGAGCUCCACUGAUCAGUUUCAAAUAAAAAUUAUCAAAGACAUAGACGGCACUUUCAAUUGAUUUUAGGCGUAAUUACCUACGCAGGAUGUUGGGAAAACAUGAGAAAAGUUUGUAAAUCACAAGCUGGAUGCCAGUCUAUUUCCACUGCUUUCAUAAAUAUGAUAUAAUUUAAUUUUCUUUUGGUUAGCCAGCGCAAUAAACGGUUUUUGACGAACCAGGGUGCCUGUAGUAUCUCGGUGAUACUUUUCACGUUCUAGAACAGAAGAGCGAGCAGACAAAAAUAGCUUUGUCUUAACUUCCAGCCUUACCCCAACCGUCCGGCCCGAUAGUUGUUACUUGAAAGAAUUAUGUUUUUCUUUUUUUUAAUUAUUUUUUUAAAUUAAAUAUUAAACAUAUCGUAUUAUCUUAUUUAUUCUGACAAACACGUUUACAAAAUGCUUAUUAAUGCCAGCGUAAGAAGCGCUGGCUCGACCUUAGCCCUGACUAUAAGUCCACCAUAGCUGUCAGGUUCAACCGUAAACUCGCUCAUCUUGAAGGAUUUUGUCAUGGCGAAAGCAUUGGUAUAAAAUUUCAAUUCCGUCAUCUUUAAUCGUAUCAUACGCGUCAAUCUUCGUCAUCCUUAAAUAUUUUGGUUCCUUUGAAGUUUCUUAGAAUCUCUUCUUUGUUGAGGCGAUUGCAAAAAGAUAUGACGACAUAUUUUCCCUUAAACGCUGGGUUCAUUCUCUCCUAGAGUCUUGACAGUAAGACUCUAAUAGAAGCAGCCAACGGACAACCUGUCAAGGCCAAGACAGUGUUUACAAGGUCCAUUACAUUUCUCAAAGACGAAGCCAUCAAAGUAAUUUGUCAGCGGACUGGAGAUGAUCAUUUCAGUCCAGACGAUGUCCAAUGGGUUCUAACUGUUCCGGCAAUAUGGACUCCAGGCGCAAAGCAGUUUAUGAGAGAAGCAGCUUAUCAGGUAAUGUUAAAAUAUCAUGUUUUAUCCAGUUCGAAAUGAAUGCCUCCAAAUCUUGAAUCUGGGUGUGCCCACAACUUUAUAUGAAGUCUGUUUAGGUGUGCUAAUCUUAUGGCAAACAUAGUCGUAACAUUUAAUAGUGCAUGCUUGUUUUUUAUCGACUUUACGACAUCUUUCAGGUUUGUAUUUAGGUUUGCUAUCUAAAUUAAAAAGUCUGUCUUUUUUCAAAGGCUGGUGUGGGAUCACCAGAGAAUCCUGAUCAACUGAUGAUCGCUUUGGAGCCAGAAGCAGCUGCAAUUUUCUGUCAAGAGAAAAAUUUGAGUGAUUUUCAGGCGGAAGUCGGCAGUAGACCUGUGGAUGGCAUAUUAUCACAAAUUAAUACACACUACGUUGUCGUGGACAUUGGAGGUAUGUAACUCAAGUUAACAAGCUAAGAACAUAGUAAUAAACGUGUAACAUUAUUGUUUAUUGUUUAUUCUUUUUGAACUAACAGAUUAAGAACACGAAGCAAAUAAAAUGCAGAGAUUCCAUUACUUGACUGCUAUAUUAUAUCGUCAUCCUCUAUGGUAGUUAAGGAAAGGGUUUUUUAAGACUCUUAAACCAUCUACACUGCUCUGCCCCCUGCCCCAUAAGACAAUUUUCAUAAAGAUCGCACAAGCUUAAUUCAACUCUGAAUAAGCUAAAUACGUGGUCUUAAACAUCAUUCAGGGAAACAUUUACUUACAUUAUGAUUGCGCAGAAGUAUCAUAUACCGACAUUCCCAUCCUUGAAGUGUGUAGUAGGUAGAAAGUUCGAAGCACUAAUCAGAAGGUCGUCAGUUCGACGCCGAGUGGAAGCACCCUAAGCUGUUUUUUUUUUUCCGAAUAUUUCUUUGCCAUUCACUGAAUAACAGUUUUCUUCACACCAAGCUUAAAAAUUAUACAUCAUUAAGCGAAGCAAUGCUGUUGAUUAUCAACAAGCCAAAUGGUUCGGAGUAAUACCCCUAUGAAUAAGGGUUGCGAAUUUCCAACCGCGAACGUAAAAAAACCUAUAACAAAACGUUUCUUAGCUUUGGAAUACACGAAAACUUAAAAUAGGAACUAUAGGUAUUUAAUAUUGCCAGCGCCUCACAUUUUGCGGAUACUGCACAAACUGUGACCACCGCAUGGGCAAAAAGGCUUGUAGAGUCUUUUAAGACUCUACAAGGACUUGAGAGUCCUAUCCAAACUCUACUACUGUUUUUCGGUUUAUUCACCCUUGCCAGUCAACCUACCAGAACACCUUCGAAAGGUCCAAAUCAACCGAAACAAGUUUUGUCCACAGAAUAUUGAGCAAGUACUCGCCUCAGGCUCAGUAAAUAUCAUGAUGAAUGAUUUCCGAGACGACGUCGUGGGGAUUAUUCAACAAUAUUCACUCAGCCUGAGGCGAAUAAUUGCUCAGUUGCUUUCGAAUUCUGCAGUAAAUUCGUUUUAAUGUUAAAACCAUCCUGUUACAAUUGUCUUCGCUAUUCGUAUCAAGAUAAGCAGCCAGUUUACGCUAGAAUUUAGUAGGCUCAUUUGAUUCAAAGUUCCCGUAUUUCUUUUGAAAAGUGUUACACCAAACUUAGUAGCAUCUUUUGUGGUCUUUAGAGUUGUAUUUUCUUUCAUCGCAUGCAUCAUUUUCCGCAGAGCACUGAUAAAACAGGAGGCAGCCAUUGAAAAAUUUAGCAUCCCUACCUUAAUCACCUCACGCGAGUGAUUCUAGAGAGAUAUGACGCAAUACUCGACCAGUCAGAGCGCGCGCAUCUCUAUAAUCACCUGUGCAAUUAUGCAAGACUCAUAUAAAAAGCAUGAGUGACUUUUUUGAUUAAAGAUGGCCUCCAAUAAGUGAAAAGAGAGACUUUUCUCGACUCAAAUUAACCUUUAAUCGCUGCACGACCCUUCUUUGCCAUUCUGUUUGUCGUUACUCAAUGUCAGUGUUAUCGGAUAAUUAUAUUAUCCCUGUGGAAAAGGGAACUUUUUACGACGCCACUGACACUUUAUUUACUAAUUUGUUUGGUAACAUUAAAUCCAGUGGUGAUUAUUGAAAUUUUAGUAGUAAAUAGGUAAUCUCGUAGGCUUUUUUUUGAUCAUUGAUGUUAGCUAUGUUAAUAUUAUUAUUAUUACUAUUAUCAUCAUCGGUUGGAACCAACCCCUUUUUUAAAUACAACUCUUGUUUCAAGGGGUAUUAAUCCUUACAGUAAAUACACUAGGAAUCACCAAGAAACGUAUUGACUGUCCCGAGAAGUCAAUGAUGCAUUUGCGAUGUCGAUUAAUCGAAAAAAGAUUAACCAGGAUAUGCAGGGUAGGAUAUAAAGUAUAUAUCAGCUGACUUUCCAUUUCAUCAUUUAUCUCAGGGGGGACACUAGACGUGACAGUGCACGAAAUACAAGAUGAUGGUAACAUUAAAGAGAUCCACAAGGUCACAGGGGGACCUUAUGGUGGAAUGUACGUCAACCAGCAGUUUGAAACUCUCCUGGAAGAGUGGUUUGGUGUACAAAGAAUUCAAAAGUUCAAAGAGCAGCAUCCAUCUGAUUGGCUGUCGUUAAUGAACGAGUUUGAAGGAAAAAAACGUGGGAAGCGCAUUUUAGACGACAGUUUGAUGACAAACAUCCGCCUACCAAGGAGCUUUGUAUCCAUGUUAAAUGAAACUCAAAGUUCAGUGAUGGACAGCUAUGGAACUAAGGACGUAAGACUGAAAAAUAAAGAGUACCUUUGCCUAAGUUCAGGAAUGAUGAAGAAAUUGUUUAACCCUGUCGUGGAGAGAAUUAAACAACAUUUAAAAACUUUGAUAAAAAAACCGCAACUAUCAAAGGUGCAAACCAUGCUCCUUGUUGGCGGCUUUGCCGAUUCUGCUUUCCUACAGCAGGAAUUAAAAACGGAGUUCGCAAGAAGGCUCAGGAUACUUAUUCCUCAUUAUACAACCAUAGCAGUUGUUCAAGGAGCUGUAAUCUUUGGCAAAAAACCUACGAAAAUAUCCGAAAGAGUCGUCUCCACAACUUUUGGCGCCGAUCGUUCGGUAGAUUUUAUCGAAGGGAUUCAUCCUGAAGAAAAGAAAUUUAUUGCAGAUGGAAUUGAAAAGUGCGGUCAAGUUUUUAAAUGCUUUGUAAAGGAAAACAGCGUAAUAAAGCUCGGACAGCGAAUUACAAAAUCAUAUCACCCUGUGCGAGCUAAUGCGACAAGCCUGAAAUUUGGAUUCUACGUCACAAGCAAUCCCAAAGCACAGUUUGUUACUGACCCCGAGGUAACAAAGAUUGGAAGUGUCAAAGUUCAGUCCCCAGAUACAUGGAGAGGUAAAGAUAGAAAAAUAGAAGUCAGUAUGUAUUUCGGAGGAACUGAAAUAACCGCCACUGCCUCUGAUAUUUCAAGUGGAAACAGCGCCCAAACCACAUUGGACUUUUUCUGUCGAUCAUAAACGUGUUUUUUUUUCUGUUGUAUAUCAGACAGAGAUUCAAAACAGAUCUAAUACAAUAAUCAGACCAUGAUCAUAACCUUAGCAUUUAUUUUCAAAAAACGAAUUCCAUAGACGUGCACUCCCUGAGUAAUCACUCACGAAGUCUGUUCUGAGAAGCAAUGUGAUUUACCUUGUGAGACUUUUCAAUAAUUGUCUGACUCCUAAAAGCAGUCAAUCGCUUCAAUAGUUUAUCAUAGUAAGCAUCAAUAACAAUAAAACAAUCCCAAUGCUAGUGAUUGUAGAGUCUUCCUUUAUUUGAAGGUAAAUGUCAUAUGAUGUGCAAGAGGGAAAGAAGACAAGUGCCUAGUCAGCAUAAGUGCAAUGUUCAAAAAAGUUGUUUAGACAUAUUUUAAUUGAUAACUCUCUAAGCGCCCGUGAUUUGCAUACCAAACCAGUCAUAAUUACUCAGUGAUCUGUAGCUAUUAUACCAAUAUUUUUUGUUGUGAAAGCGCGCGUUAUUUUUUUAUAAAAAUCUUAAAGGAAUUUUUUUUGUUAUGAUAAGCUACCAACAAUUAACAAAACUUAGUGUUACUCACAAUAUCAGAAUUUAUAUUUCUUACAAAAUUAGAAGAUAUAUUGUAGUUUAAAUUUGAACUCAAUAACCCAAUAUUCAAUCAUUUACUCAAGAAAAAUUGCGAGGAAAGCUUUUGCCUUUAAGAUAGAUGUUGAAUUAUGGAUAGUUAACCAAAGAAAAUCUUUAUUAUAUCUUUAGUUUGACCAUCCAAACUCUAAAAGAAGUUUUAACUACUAAAUAUAUAAGCAAUUUAGUUUCUGAGCAAAUGCUCUCAUUUAACAUCAGUAGGGAAAAUGUCCAUGUGAAGACAUUUUAAUGUUUUGACUUGUAG